AUGCCUCCACGAAAACCCUACCGUCACCGCCCUCUCACUGUCGCAACAGUUGCCGGCAUCCUCUCCCUCGUCCUCCCCACUGUCACCUUAAUUCGCCUCUACACUGCGACGCACUCCCUUCUCCCCAUCGCAUACACAUGUGCCGUUAGUAGCGUCACGUUUGUGCUGUAUGGUUAUGACAAGAUGCAGGCGAGGAGUAUGGAGUGGAGAGUUGCGGAGGUGAAGUUGCAUUUUCUGGCGAUGGUUGGUGGUUGGCCUGGGGCGUUGGCGGGGAUGCAUUACUUCCAGCACAAAACAAGGAAGGUGGGGUUUCAAGUUGGGUUUUGGGGUAUCGUCAUGGGAUGGCACGGGUUGCUAUGGGGAUUUUGGAGAGGAGGGUUGUGA